AUGCAGUACCCCAGCCAAGGCAAGAAACCCGGCAAAUGCGUGUUCGAUCUGUUCGAGGACGACUGGGUGUCGGAAGAAUCGGGCUCGUUGUACGACGACGACACAGACUACGGCUCUGCGAUCGCCUGGAGCACGUCGGGAGGCAGCUACAGCUCGUCCAAGACCGGCCAGCACAAGCGCUCUCCCUCCAAGUACCGCCGGCAGAUGAACGAAGUGAUGAAUUUACUGGAGCGGAAGAAGCCGACGGGGUGGAUGCUGAGCAACGAAGACUCGGACAUGACGCUGUACGAGUCGAUGUAUGUGGGUAAGUCGAAAGUGGUUGGUUGUCUGUUUCCCAGAGCGAAGGCGGAGCCGUUGGUGAUUGACGGCGCGGUGGAUAUGGGUGUUGUUGGCGGCGGAGCGGAUGGGAGUGCGAUUGGGGUGUUGAGCUGGCUUCUCGGUGGUUUGAAUAUCCUCGCCCCGCCCGUUGGGCCGGGGUGGGUGAAGAUUGGGAAGAUGGGGCAAGGAGAUGUCAACAGGGCGUGGGCCAAGGUGCGUGGGCCGAGGAAGAUGGGACUGUUCGCGAAGUUGCCGGGCGAGCUGCGCAACCGCAUCUACCGCCUGGCGCUUGUGGCGGAGGGAGGUGUCUACCACGUGGGCCCGGAGGAGGAUGAUGGAGAGUGCGGUCGCGGACCGUGCAUUCACGGCAAGCUCAGCACUGGGGUGCCGGGCAUUCUGAGCACCUGUCGACAGAUCCGCGCCGAAGCGAUGCCGAUCUUCUGCUCGGACAACACCUUCCAGUUCACCGAGGGGACGGCUCCGAAGCGCUGCCCGGCCAACUGGUUCCACUCCCUCGGCUUCUACGGCAGACUGGUCAGAGAGAUCACGGUGGAUGUGACAGUGGCACUGCCGACGGGAGAUGAAUGGCGCCCGUUCACUCUGCGCGCCCCGACGGAGCGAGUCCGGCGGUUCAUCACUAUCACGGCGCCCCCGGUCAACGAGAGAUGGGACGAGUACAACAGGUUCAUGCAGCAUCAGGAGGAUAUGAACCUGCGCGUCGGCAGGGUCAGGACGGAGCGGAUGUUCUGGGAGUUGCUGUCGUCUGACAUCUUCGCCGACCUCAUCUACGCGUGUGGGCAGCAGUUGUGA